AAACCUCCAGUAGGUGUCGCUGCCGGCACACUGCGCAGCCUGUUCGCUGGGCGCUUAUUGGAUAAAACCGCCUGCGUCACUUCCUUCUGUCUCUUCGAUCACCGCCACAGUGGGGAAAGGACUGUGGACAAAAUGUCGUCCCACAAGACUUUCAGGAUCAAGCGCUUCCUCGCUAAGAAGCAGAAACAGAACAGGCCAAUUCCUCAGUGGAUCAGAAUGAAGACCGGUAACAAGAUCAGGUACAACUCCAAGAGGAGACACUGGAGGAGGACCAAGCUUGGCCUGUAAACACGAGGAUCCCUGGAUCCCAGUGUCCCUCCAUCCCUCCAUCCUUACAUCUGUUAGGACCUCCAGCUGCUGGGCCUGACCGCAGGGAGGGGAGUCAUGUUAUCUCAUCGUGUUUGAUAAUAAAAGAUCUGUGAUCAAACUUGAAA